GGAAUCAUUAUUUGUAUUAGUUUCUAUUGGUCGCCGUAGACUUUGCUCAGUCCCGUGCUGCUGUGAGGGGACAAACUUUCUGGAAGUGUAGUUAGUUUGCUUGGCUUGGAAAACUGUUUACAAUUCUGGCAUCGGCCGCUACAUUCUGCUGUACCAUAAACGAGGACGGACAAGAUGUUAAAUGCUGUUACAGAACGUUACGAAGCGUUUUUUAAGCAGAAGAAUGUGGUAACGGAUUUUCUAUCGCUUUUAGAGGAAAAAACUGGAGUUCGGAAACAGUACAUUGCAACAGGUGUAGUAUCUAUUGUGGCACUCUAUCUGUUAUUUGGAUAUGGUGCCUCCCUUCUCUGCAACUUGAUUGGUUUUGCAUACCCAGCGUAUGCCUCCAUCAAAGCCAUUGAGAGUAACAAUAAAGAAGAUGACACCAAAUGGCUAACCUACUGGGUGGUUUAUGGACUCUUCAGUGUGGCUGAAUUUUUCUCUGAUAUCUUCCUCUUUUGGUUUCCCUUUUACUAUGCUGGGAAGUGCCUGUUUCUGCUGUGGUGCAUGGCUCCGGUCUCCUGGAACGGCUCUCAGAUCAUAUACACACGUGUGGUGAGACCUUUCUUCCUCAAACAUGAAGCAGCAUUCGACAACGUUGUCAGUGACUUGAGUGGAAAGGCCAAGAGUGUGGCAAAGGAAGGCUUCACAUUGUUGAACAGUGAUAAGAAUAAAUGAUUCGAAGGUGGCGAUAUGAAGAAUCAUUUUACCAGGAGCCUUGUGUUUACGUUUGCCUUUUUACUUUUUGACUAUCAUAUUGUUUAAGUCCUUAUAACCCCACCUAAAUUAUUAAUCUUAACUGUAUCUGAGCCAGGCAGCACAAUCACCCCAAAAUGGGCCUUAAAUGUUCUUGGGAUACUAUUUAAUUUAAUUUCACAUUUGUUUUGUUCAUCCUAUAUUUUAGCUUUGACCAAUGAAAGAAAUGUCGAAGGCACUGUCUUUUAAUAAAUAAAACUGGAAGGAUCUAUGCUUAAAUAUUAAACCUAUUGUCCAAAUUUG